AGUUGUUAAAGUCUACUGCCAACUCGCCCGCAUGCUUGACCUUGGCUGGUAACUGCCAGGUGUUUGUGUUUCGAGGUUGCGUUUUAACAUGGUGCGAGCGGGUUUGUUGUUUUGUUUAUUUUGGUGUUGGGACCCACCUUUUAAAGUCGAAGCUGGCGUGCAGUACAGUUGGGGCGUCCAAAAUGUCCAAGGUAUUUUCAAGCUCCCGGAGCAACACCUCAAGAGUGCACCAAUACAAGAGGUGACUUGGCCGGACUCGGAGGCGUAUAGACCGGACGCUACCAAAUCAAACCCGCUUCCUCAUGUCCUGCCCAUGUUUCAACACGCACCGGUGCCGUUGGCUAAUGCCCAGCUUUUCAGACCAGUCGCCGGGCAUCAGCAGUUGCCAAACUCCCUUGUGGGUCUUCUGUUACCAUCUCGGAAAAUUCCUCACGCUUCUGAACAAACACCUGACCAGUUACCUUACCCAAUCUCUGCCUCAAAAGUUGAGGUUUCGUGUGGUUCUAGCAUGAUCUCCGUGCGUGUUAAUAGGGGGCAGCUUGGCUUUGACGCGCACUCAUCGACGUUUCGUCUGGGAACGUGUCCUGUCAGGCUGGAAACCCCAGAAUAUUUCUACUUCACCUAUUUCCACAGCGAAUGUGGUAGUGUGUCCACGGUCGUCAAUGGAAAACUGGUGUUUUCCAAUACAGUCCACUACUCCCCUGAGCCACAGGGAGCUGUAUUGCGAGCCGUGCCACUGUCUGUUCCUGUUCACUGCCAAUACGACCGAUUUCACUAUUCUUAUAAGGUUGGAUAUACGCCGGAGACUGAUGACCGAUUUUUUUUGAAGAGAUUGAAGACCAGGCGCUCUUUCAACUUGACCGCACUCAACGAAAAGUGGGAGCCCCGGGAUAGUGGUGAGGAAUACGUGCUUGGCGAGGUGAUGAAUUUUGAAGUCUCUGCGCAGCACAUCGCCAAAGAUCAACAGGUGUUUGUGAAUACUUGUCACGUAACAGCUUCUGAGGAUCCCAAUUCUAUGCCUCGUCAGGAUCUCAUUAGUAACUUUGGGUGUUUGGUGGAUAGCAAGAGGAUGGGGAGCCAGGCACAGUUCUUCUCCAGAGAAUCCAAUCGCAUUCGCUUUUCCAUCGACUCAUUCCUGUUUCCUAAUGUUGACACAAUGCGCCUCUACCUGCACUGUUCGGUAAACGUGGGGAGCGCGAACCCAACAGAGACCACCAAAUCAUGCGCAUACAAUCGCCAAGUUGACAGUUGGGAAGAACUGCGUGGCUACCCCUCUGUGUGUUCCUGCUGCAGGACCACUUGUGGACUAGUUGCAACCUCCACCCCCUCUUUGAAAUCCUUGUUGCCAAGUGACCGCUGGAAAAUGGUGCAACAGAGAUUGAAAAGUGCUCCCCCUCAACAGAAAGAAGAUGGCGAGACACUGAGCACUCAGGUCAGCUUCAAGUUGAGCAAUGGCAUCAUCCAUGAGCUGGAUGAAGAUGUUUGGGAGGAAGAUCCAGAAGACAUGAAGUCCAACUCAGCUCAGAGAGUAGGCCACUUGGCAUGGACUUUGAAGAAUGCCCUGGUACCAAAGGAGAGGCCAGCUCCCCAAUCGAUAGGCCUGUAUCGUGCUGGAAAUGUAUUACCAUACAAGUUGGGAUCUCUGUUGUCUAAGCCUUGACUGAUUAAAAUGUCAAGGUUUGAACACUGAAA